AUGGUGCACCUCCAGCAGAUCCUGCUCCUCACUCUCCCCUUGAUCUCCCCCUCUGCUGCCCAUCCCGACGAUGCCGCGAUCCAGCAGUAUGAGGCCCUCCUCUCCCUCCGGGCCCUCCCCGAAUCCCCCAGCGGCAACUACACCCCCAAGGUAGUCGACUGCCCCAGCACGAAACCGUCCGUCCGCCUGGCCAGCGAGCUCUCCGACCAGGAGAAGUCGUGGAUCAGCCUCCGCCGCAACAACACCGUCGACCCGCUCCGCGCCCUCCUCGAGCACGCCAACAUCCCCGACUUCAACGCGACCUCCUUCAUCGACGGCGCCCGCGACAAUGCCACCGCCCUGCCCAACAUCGGCAUCGCCGUGUCGGGCGGAGGGUACCGCGCCCUCAUGAACGGCGCUGGCUUCCUCUCCGCCGCCGACAGCCGCAACAGCCAGGACGGCGCCAUCAGCGGCCUGCUCCAGUCCGCCACCUACCUGGCCGGGCUGUCCGGCGGCGGCUGGCUCGUCGGCUCCAUCUUCGCUAACAACUUCUCCACCGUCCCGGCCCUGCAGCAGGGCAACAAGGACAACGGGCUGUGGCGGUUCGACCGCAACAUCUUCCUCGGGCCGGAUAAGAGCGGGAGCGGGACGCUCAACACAGUCGACUACUGGGGUGACAUCGUGAACCAGGUGCAGAAGAAGAAGGAGGGCUGGCCCACGUCCAUCACCGACUACUGGGGCCGCGCUCUCUCGUACCAGCUCAUCGGGGCGCCGGACGGCGGGCCGGCGUAUACGUUCUCCUCCAUCGCCGACACGCAGGACUUCAAGGACGCGCAGACGCCGUUCCCCGUCCUCGUGGCCGACGGCAGGGCCCCAGGGGAGACGGUCGUCGCGCUCAACGCUACGGUCUACGAGUUCAACCCCUACGAGCUCGGAUCCUGGGACCCCACGACGUUCGGGUUCGCCCCCCUGGAGUGGAUCGCGUCCAACUUCACCAACGGGACAAUCGGCGACCAGGGCAAAUGCGUCCGCGGCUACGAUCAGUUCGGGUUCGUGAUGGGCACGAGCUCCUCGCUCUUCAACCAGUUCCUACUCCAGAACAUCACCGCCAAGGGCGAGGACUUCGGCCUCUCCUCCGCCAUCAUCAACGUCAUCGAGAAGAUCCUGCAGAACCUCAGCUCGGGCGAGGACGACAUCGCCCAGUACAACCCCAAUCCCUUCCAGGGCUGGAACCCGACCUCGGGCAACCCCACCGCCAAUGACGACGACCUCACCCUCGUCGACGGCGGCGAGGACCUCCAGAACAUCCCCCUCCACCCGCUCAUUCAGCCCUACCGCGCGGUCGACAUUAUUUUUGCCGUGGAUAGCUCCGCGGACACCACAUAUUCCUGGCCCAACGGCACCGCCCUCCGCGCCACCUACGACCGCUCUUCUACUUCAAUCUCCAACGGCACCCUCUUCCCCGCCAUCCCCUCUGCCGAGACGUUUAUAAACAGCGGCCUCAACCGCCGCCCGACCCUCUUCGGCUGCGACCCCUCCAACUUCACCCUCUCCCCCGGCCAGGCUGUGCCCCCCCUCGUCUUCUACAUCCCCAACGCGCCCUACUCGACCCUCAGCAACGUGUCCACCUUUGACCCGCAGUACACCAUCCCCGAGCGCGACGCCAUCAUCCGCAACGGCCUCAACGCCGCCACGCAGGGCAACGCCACCGUCGAUAAAGACUGGUCGCGGUGCGUCGCGUGCGCUGUCCUCAGCCGGAGCUGGUGGAAGGCUGGUGAGUCCGCGCCGUCGGCGUGCCAGGCGUGCUUUGAUAGGUACUGCUGGGAUGGCAAGGAGAACAACACGGCCAUACAGGGCGAGUACGAGCCGGCUUUUAUUGUCGCGCAGGACUUUAAUGCGAGCCAGACGGGGGGUGAUGAUGAUAGUGCGGCUGGACGACGAGGGGUGGUUGGGUGGGAGGUUGUGGCGUGGGCGGUUGGUGUUGCUUCGGUGUUAGCUGCCUUGUAA